GCGUGAUCAUAAUAACAAAGUGUCUCUGUCUGUGAAGUGUACCUACUCACACUACUGAGAAACGUCAAUUGAGGUGAGGCUGAAUGCAGGCCAUCUUCACCCCCGUGUCACCUCUCGUCCUUCCGUCCAAGUCCCUGGUAUCAAAUCCACCCGAUCCAGCCCCACCAUGCGCCUAGCUAGACCAUGUCCCGCCCCCAUUCGCCCCACGCUACGGCCCUCUUGCCUUUGCUCCCUGUGAGUCGAUCCCCGCCUCCUCCUCCUUCUCCGCCUCCUUCUUUCUUCUCUGAUCGACCUGAUCCUGCUCGUCUGCGGUGCUGGCCGAUCAUGCGCCGCGUAAGCAAGGCGUGCUCGCUCAGGCGUGCCUUCCAUUUCGUGUUGGCUUUAGCCGUUGUAGGCGGCCUUUGGCUCUAUUUCCACACCAUGAGCCCGUGGAACAAUGCUUAUCGUCAAUUCCGCACCGAAUUGGGCGUGAGAUCCGGCAUGUGUAACCGAGAAGUGCUCAUCGGUUCUGUGAGAAGAGGUAAUUGGAGUGCCGAACAAAUCGGCACGGAUUACCGCAAACGCAAAGCAUCUCGCGUUUUACUCUUCACCAAGACCACGUACUCUUCGGCUUUCAAGGCCAUCACCGAGAUCUUGACGGCCAAUCGCAUCAAGUUUAAGGCCACGGUGGUGGGCAAGAAUCUGCCGGACUUGAUCAAGGCCUCCAAAGGCGUGGCCAAAUACAGCGUGAUGUUCUUUGAGGACUUUCGUACGUAUCUGGACAUGGACGACUGGAAUCGAGACAUCCUUGACAAGUAUUGCCAAACGUUUCGAGUGGGAAUCGUGGCCUUGAUCCCUCCCUCGGAGAUCGGAUAUGGUCAGUUAUCGCCCUUGCACGAUCGUCGACACGGGCGGCCUUUGCCUUUGGCCUUGGAUGAGCGCCCUCAUUUGUCCAAUCUGACUGUGAAUGGCACUUCAAAUAUGUUAAGGGUCACUCGAGGGGGCCAGACCCUCUAUGAAGAUCUCAUGGGGGAGUGGGUCACUUUUGAGACGACACAUUCGACGUAUGGAGCAGUGGCUUGGGCCCAAGAACCUAAAAGAGCCCUGGGAAGUGGAGGGCAUGAAAGUCCCAAUAACGCCGUGGUUCUUCAGGAUUUUGGCAAGUUGGACGGCAUAUCCAAAGUUUUGUUUGGUGGGCCAAUGAGACAUUGGGUGAACGUGUUGCUCUUCCUGGACUCCUUAUCCUGGUUGAGUCAGAACCGCAUCGCCAUCUCACUCACCCGUCAUAUUCUUGUGGACAUCGACGACAUCUUUGUGGGUCGAAAUCGCUUAUAUCCGGAUGAUGUUCGAGCUUUGAUCGACAGCCAAAAACGCAUUCGGGAACUCGUUCCUGGAUUCACUUAUAAUCUCGGGUUUUCCGGGGGCUACUUUCGGCAUGGAACGCGGCUGGAAAAUGCGGGCGAUGAGUUGUUGAUCGCGGAACGACAUCAGUUCUGGUGGUUCCCGCACAUGUGGCUCCACUUACAGGCCCACAAGUUCUCGAACGUGUCAGAUUUGGAGGUUUCCAUGGCCAAGAACAAGGCCUUUGCCUCUGACAAGGGGAUCCCGGUGGAUUGGCAGUACUCUGUGGCUCCGCAUCAUUCUGGCGUCUAUCCCGUACACGAGCCUUUGUAUGAGGCCUGGCGAUCUAUUUGGGAUAUUAAGGUCACGUCUACGGAGGAAUACCCCCAUUUGCGGCCGUCCCGUUUGCGGCACGGUUUCGUUCACUCCGGGAUCAAGGUCUUGCCCCGACAGACUUGCGGGUUGUUCACCAAGAACCUCUAUUAUGACGAGUACCCCGGUGGCCCCGAGGUGCUCGAGCAAUCCAUCCAGGGGGGUGAACUGUUCCAAACCCUGGUGUACAACCCUAUUAGUAUCUUCAUGACGCACAUGCCUAAUUAUUGCUACGACCGAUUAGCGCCGUACACGUUCGAGUCUGUGAUAACCAUGGUCCAGUGCUGGACCCACUUGGACCUAAGGACCACGCAUCCCAAUGCGUUAGGAGAGAUGUACUUCCAAAUGUACCCGGACGAGACCCAAGCCAUCUGGGGGAACCCUUGUGAUGAUAGACGACACCUGGAUAUUUGGUCUUCCUCGAAGGACUGCUCUCGUCUUCCCGAUUUCCUAGUCAUAGGACCCCAGAAAACGGGGACCACCGCCCUCUACACGUUCCUACAGAUGCACCCGUCGAUCAAAAGCAACUUCCCCAGUCCCAAAUCCUUUGAGGAGCUCCAGUUCUUUAGUGGCCACGCCUACAGCGAAGGGCUCGACUGGUACCUCAAUUUCUUCCCAAAUCGAACCCAAAAUAUAUUCUUGUUCGAGAAAUCUGCCACCUAUUUUGAUGGUGAACUGGUGCCCAGUCGGGCCCACCGACUAUUGCCUCACGCCCAGUUAGUGAUCACUCUCAUAUCGCCCUCCAAGAGGGCCUACCGCUGGUAUCAGCAUAUCAAAGCCCAUGAGGAUCCCACGGCCUUGAAAUAUAGCUUCCAUGAAGUGAUCACCUCUGACUCAACGGCUCCUCGGGCGCUAAGGCAGUUGAAGUCCAGGUGUCUAGAGCCCGGGAAAUAUGCUUCCCAUUUGGAGCGCUGGUUGGUGUUCUAUCCAUCACAAAAGCUUCACAUCGUCAAUGGUGACGACUUAACAGUGGACCCGGUGCGGGUGUUGAAUCAGCUUCAGCAUUCACUGACAAUCAAACCCUUCUUUGAUUACACCAACAAGUUGAGGUUCGAUAAGAAGAAGGGAUUCUUCUGUGAAGCAAAAGACAAUGAUCGGACAAAGUGCUUGGGCAAGAGUAAAGGGCGUGAAUAUCCACCAAUGUCGGAGGAGAGCCAAGUCUUUCUCAAAACCUACUUCCAAACCCAUAACGAGGCCUUGGCCAAGCUUUUGAAACGUUUAGGAUAUUUCACGCCCAACUGGUUGGAACAUGAUCUCAAAGACGUCUCCGAAAUUCGCGUCCAGGAUGAUGCGGAAUUGGGCGAUGAGAAAUAACAACCCGUAUCUGACCAAACUCCGCCCAUCAUCCAAACCACAAGGGACUCGUCGGAUUAGCUCAUUAUCAAUGCAUUCAUGUGCCAUGUCAUUUACGUAAAACGAUGUUUUGACGUGUAAAUUAUUAGGAAAGUAAACUACCCAACUCAC